CGUGACAAGUAACACACGUGGGCUCGUGUUCUCGGCAAAUUAAAGGCCCGGUGCCGAAAGGCUGACGCCCGCGAUAUUUUGUCUUCAUCCCGCGAUACAUUGACAGAACGGUAGAUUGGGUAUCGCUGCUAUUUCAAGUCAGCCUGUCUCCAGCUAAUAUCUUUUGAUGGUCAGAGCUAUCUAGCAAAGGGUUUCGUGCCAAUUGGCCCCGAACGCCUCAAAACUCGGAGCCAGCUUCAUGUCGCGGCAUCUCGUGCAACGCCCACUCUCUCGAGCAGUGCGGCUACAAUUCCAGCAAGCUCGACAACCACAACCGUUCCUGUCCUGCUUCCCCUCUGCAGCCUCACGAUCCUUCCAUGCUACGCCCCGUCAGAAAUAUACAAUCCUCGACCCCGUCCUCGAGGCUACUCACAACGCCUUCCUCGGAAUCCACCAUGUUCUCCCUUGGUGGGCGGCCAUCCCAUUUGCUGCCGUCGCAGUCCGCCUUGCCUUUCUCCCGCUGACGAUAUGGUCUCGCCGCAUAAUAUCGAAGCAACGAAGCCUUACACCUCUCAUUACAGCAUGGCGAGGGGCACUGGAGCGCAAUGUUGACAUAUCCAAGGGAACCUCCAACAUGAAGGUGCUGGCCGCACGCAAGACGAUGGAAAUCUACAAGGCCUUCUCCUGCCAACGCUACAAGCUGUUCAUCGCACCCGCGCUACAACUCCCAUUCUUCCUCAUAAUCAUCGAGUCAAUCAGACGGUUGGCUGGAGCUGGCAGCGGACUGUUGCGUUUGAUUUUCAGCUCCGUGCCUUCUGUGACGGAAGGCGCUGCUGAAACUGCGUCUGGUGCAACCGCGAACACAGACAUUGCCACUGCGCUCACCCGGAUAGAACCUUCGAUGACCACCGAAGGGCCUCUAUGGUUCGUCGACCUCAGCGCUGCAGAUCCGCUCCUCAUCCUCCCCUUCGCGCUGUCCGCCACAAUGCUCCUCCAUCUCGUGCCUUCGCACUACUUCACACGCGCCGCAGCCCCAGUGGGCACACCCUCUACCUUUCAACGCAGACUUCGGAACAUGCUGAAACUCCUCGCUCUGGCAGCGGGACCGCUGACGCUAGCAUUGCCCGCGGGAGUAUUGUAUUAUUGGAUCUCCACGAUGUUGGUAAGUUUUGUGCAGGGGCAUCUGUUGGAUGUGUUCAUGCCGCUGAAGAACCCUGUCAUGCCGUGCACACCUCCGCGAAGCAAGUUGAUGGAGGGUGUUGGGAAGGCGGGAUGGGAUACGAAGGUCAGGGAUGCCGCCGCGGCGAAGCUGAAGGCUCCUGAUGUGAAGCCCUGAGCUGGACUUCCUGGCCAAUAGGUUAUCGAACUGAUGCCGAUCAUGAGUCAUGUAUAGGUCGUUGAAGACGCCACAUUGUCAUAGCCUUUUCAUGUUGAGUUUCUCCAUGGACGUCAAGGUCACGCUACGAGGAGAGCUGUACUAUACUGUACCAUAUAAUACGACAUACUGUAAAUACUACACGUUUGCAAGGCAGCUCCGGCCUUCUCCUCCCUCCCUCUAUGAGUAGCCCCUAUCACAAAUACGGUCUGGUUUCCGCGGAAGUGCCUGCAUGGUCAUCUUAUGUGCAGUCGCACUGACCAUGUGUUCGUCGCCAUCAACGGGACACAGUGCUGGAGAGGGUUACACGGCACCGAGCACAGAACCUCGGUGUCGGCCCGUCCUGAGUCCGUCCUGUGGAGUGAAGCAGCAGCACGAUACCAAGUACCCUACAUGGACGGACUUGGUGUGUACAUGUUAUCUAUGUAGCUGCGGCAAGAAAAGAAAGACUCCGACUUCCUCCCCUGCUCCCACGAAAGGCGUCAAAAGCGGCGCUCACCUGUACCCCCAGCCAACCGAAAGCGCACCAGUGCCUAAGCCACCAUGACGGCUCCUCGGGCUUGGAAGAUGGGUUCAACCUGAGGCACUUGCGACAGUUGGAGCAUGGGAGAGUCGAGUUAGCAUUCCUCUCUAGGGUCAGCUCACCAAUCCCAUGAGUCUAUGCCUCGCUCAUCCUUCACUCGCGCCGCAGCGGACAGCCGGGCCUAGCGGGAUGACGCGCAGGAGGUCUGCAUUCAUCGACCAGCAGAGUCUCCUGUCGUAGUGGAGCCUGCACGAGUACUCUGCAUGAAGCCUCGCUCGCGCACGGCCGCCCGUCGCAAAACCCGAUCGAAAAGUCGCGCACAUUUUUGGGAUGGGGACCGCGGCUGAGGCGGCCACAGGGGAUUUAAUCGGUCGUGGAUCCGCGCCGGCCCCGCGCGCGACGGACGGGAAGGGGAGGGAAGGGAAGCGGAGUUGGGUCGUGCAGCGCAGGCAUGGGAGGAGGA